GGAGGAAGAAAAGUGAAACUGACUGUGCUAGAACAGUGCCGUGCUUUUCUGCAGAAGGUUAGACCCUGAGAGAGAUGGCUCAGCACCACCUAUGGAUCUUGCUCCUUUGCCUGCAAACCUGGCCAGAAGCAGCUGGAAAAGACUCAGAAAUCAUCACAGUGAAUGGGAUUCUGGGAGAGUCAGUCACUUUCCCCGUAAAUAUCCAAGAACCCCAGCAAGUUACAAACAUUGCGUGGACUUCUAAAACGUCUGUUGCUUAUGUAACACCAGGAGACUCAGAAAUGGCACCCAUAGUUGCUGUGACCCACAGAAAUUAUUAUGAACGGAUACAUGCCUUAGGUCCGAAGUACGAUCUGGUCAUUAGCGAUCUGAGGAUGGAAGACGCAGGAGACUACAAAGCAGACAUAAAUACACAGGCUGAGCCCUACACCACCACCAAGCGCUACAACCUGCAAGUCUAUCGUCGACUUGGGAAACCAAAAAUUACACAGAGUUUAAUGGCAUCUGUGAACAGCACCUGUAAUGUCACACUGACAUGCUCUGUAGAGAAAGAAGAAAAGAAUGUGACGUACAAUUGGAGUCCCCUGGGAGAAGAGGGUAAUGUCCUUCAAAUCUUCCAGACUCCUGAGGACCAAGAGCUGACUUACACGUGUACAGCCCAGAACCCUGUCAGCAACAAUUCUGACUCUAUCUCUGCCCGGCAGCUCUGUGCAGACAUCGCAAUGGGCUUCCGUAUUCGCCACACCGGAUUGCUGAGUGUGCUGGCUAUGUUCUUUCUGCUUGUUGUCAUUCUGUCUUCAGUGUUUUUGUUCCGUUUGUUCAAGAGAAGACAAGGUAGGAUUUUCCCGGAAAGUUCCUGCUUGAACACCUUCACUAAGAACACUUAUGCUGCCUCAAAGAAAACCAUAUACACAUAUGUCAUGGCUUCAAGGAACACCCAGCCAGCAGAGUCCAGAAUCUAUGAUGAAAUCCUGCAGUCCAAGGUGCUUCCCUCCAAGGAAGAGCCAGUGAAUUCAGUUUAUUCCGAAGUGCAGUGCGCUGAUAAGAUGGGGAAAGCCAGCACACGGGACAGUAAACCUCCUGGGACUUCAAGCUAUGAAAUUGUGAUCUAGGCUGCCGGGCUGAACUCUCCCUCUGGAAACUGAGUUACAACCACCAAUACUAGCAGGUUCCCUGGAUCCAGAUCUUCUCUGCCUAGCUCUUACUGGGAGAUUGCAAACUGCCACAUCUCAACUUGUAAGCAAAGCAGGAAACCUUCUGCUGGGCAUAGCUUGUGCCUAAAUGGAAAAUGGACGCACACCCUUCCUGAAACGGCUCCCUUCUGAAUGAAUGAUAAAGCAUGUUACCUAGUAUAGUUUUCCCAAACUUCCUCCCAUCAUAGCACAUGUAGAAAAUAAUAUUUUUAUGGCACACUGGGAUAAGCAAUCAAGAUUGUUCGCUUCCAGAAGCUGCAUAUGACUAGAGGCCUCUUGUGAAUGGAGGUAACAACCCUGCCCAGUGACUGUGGGAGAAGGGGAUCAAUAUUUUGUACACCUGUAAUAGGCCAUGGCACACCAGCCAAGAUGCUCUGCUCAUAGUCAGUAUGUGUGAAGAUCCCCGGUGCGUGGCCUCCACCAUGCAUCUUGAGCAAAUUAGGAAAAGGUACCCUUCGCUUGAGGCAGAUGCAGCCCUUCCCCCGAGUGCAUGGCUUGGGGAGCAGAAUGUGGGCUGUAUAUAAGCACAGUCAUCCCUUUGUCUGGGAAUCUUUGUGCAGGGCACGACAGGCUUAAUAAGUCCAAACACAGAUGACAGUGCUGUGUGGGUCUCUGUCAGAGUUGUGGCUCUCAGCCAUGUAGACACACUCUCCAAAUGGAGUGUUGGAAAAUGUUCUUUCUGUACAGUCUAGAGAUUGCUGGGACACUUUCCUUGGACUGCUACUUCAGAAACCUCAUAGGAUUUUCUUUCUGGCCAAGAUUUCCUUCUGUAUCACUCCAAGCAGCCUCAGCAGAAGAAGCAGCCAUGCCCAGUAUUCCCGCUCUCCAAAAGGAGUUGACCAGCUUAUAUUUCUCAUACUUCUGGGGAACUGGGUGUAAUCCAACCAUCAAAAUAGACCUUGCAAGAAACAGAGUCACUCUCCAGAAGGAACUGGGGAGAUGAUGGUGCAGAUGAUGAAACUGGGUUCAUCCCAGCUCCAAAGGCUCAGAGAACUAUGGGGUUUAAGCUGAGACAGAAUGCCCCCAUCCCGGCAUGCCCCACAAACAGACCACCAGCCAGCUUACACAGGCAUUAACUCUCCACAAUGAGGAGGAAUCAUUCACAGCUGAGCAGGACAUUUAUAUGAUCAUUUGAGGAAGUGUUUCCCUUAUGUGUUAGUAAAUAUAAUCAGCUAACUCGUAAGUCCCCAUGAACAGUCCUAGGCUGGACAGCAGAAACGGGCUGCAUUUGAGCAGAUAAAGACAUCAGUCCCAGUAAAUGAAUCCAUAGACUCAUCUAGCACCAACUACCAUUAGCACUAUGUUAGGAGCUGCAAGGCCCCAAAAUAGAAGAUAUGCAUAAUGUCUGUCCUUGUGUAGCUCAGGAGACAAUUCCAGCACAGACACUACAGUUAACGCUGAACUGAAGCUGCAAGUAAUGGCAUGAACAGUCAAAAAAGACUUUAUGAGAGGGCAGGGCUGAAGCUGGGCCUUGAAGGAUGGAUGAAAUUUGGAUAGAGAAUGAGGAAGACAGAGGGCCUCCAAGUGAGAGAAGCAUGAAAAAUGAGCAGGGGCCUGGAUCAGUGGGGUGUAUUCAGAGCACCUCUCCAGAUGCAUGCUCACAGUCCCUUGCCUAUGUGUGGCAGAGUGCCCCAGCCAAAUGUGUGCCCUCACCCCAUGUCCAUUUCCAUGUCCUUCAACGCCCACCUCAAAUGGUACCCCUUCUGUAAAGCUUUCCCUGGUAUCAGGAGUCAAAAUUAAUCAAGGAUCUUUUCACACUGCUGUUUCUUCCCCUUUGGUCCUUCUAUCACUAAAACUCAUCUCAUUCUGCCUUACUGCAUAACUAAUUAUUUGUUUUCCUCACUACAUUGUACAUGUGGGAAUUACAGAUAGACAGAAGCCAGCUGGGGGUGGUGGCUCACGCCUGUAAUCCUAACACUUUGGCAGGCCAAGGCAGGCUGAUCACCUGAGGUCAGAAGUUCAAGAUUAGUCUGGCCAACAUGGUGAAACUCCAUCUCUACUAAAAAUACAAAAUUAGCCAGGUAUGGUGGCACACAUCUGUAGUCCCAGCUACUCUGGAGGCUGAGGCAGGAGAAUCGCUUGAACCCAGGAAGUGGAGGUUGCAGUGAGCUGAGAUCACAGCACCGCACUCCAGCCUGGGAGAGACACAGUGAAGUUCCAUCUCAAAAAAAAAAAAAAAAAAAAAAGAUAGAAGCCAAUAAGCAUGAUGCAAUCAAAUUCUGGCAAGCAUUAAAUAUCAGGAUGCAGCUGGGCACGGUGGCUCACGCCUGUAAUCCCAGCUCUUUGGGAGACCAAGGCGGGUGGAUCACUUGAAGUCAGGAAUAUGAGAGGAGCCUGGCCAACAUGGUGAAACCCCUUUUGUACUUAAAAUACAAAAAAUUAGCUGGAUGUGGUGGUGCACACCUGUAAUUCCAGCUACUUGGGAGGCUGAGGUGGGAGAAUCGCUUGAACCUGGGAGAUGGAGGCUGCAGUGAGCUGAGAUCCUGCUACUGCACUCCAGCCUGGGCAACAGAGUGAGACUCUGUCUCAAAAAAAAUAAAAUAAAAUAAAAUAAAUAUCAGGAUGCAUACAUCAGAGGCUGUUCUGAGUGUAAAGGCAUUUUGGAGAGAGAAGACUUUCAGAGUUAGGCAGACCAACUAAGAGGUCAGCUGAAGCACCAAACCAGUUGUCAGGAGGUGAAACGCAGCACCCCAAGAAAAGACGUACAGGAAGGAAUAAAGAGGCUUGGUCGUAAAGGAUGGAGGAGCUCCAAAGUGACACUGAACAGGCUGCGUUUCUCCUAAAAUAAAACCACUCCUCACUCUGUGGAUGCAUUGAAGACUCAUUCCUGAACAUCUUUAUUCUCUAACUUACCCUCUUCCUCCUCCUAAUUACUCACUCAAGGAAAAUUCCUGGUGUCCUAAUGCCCUUGUGUGUAUUGUCAAAAAUAAAAAUCGGAAGCAGGUUAGAUCUGCUAGGUCUUCCAGAAGAGCAAACCUGGAAUGAAGCCAGAGCCCAGGAAUUCUGAAGGUGGCCUUUGGGCUUAGAAUACCCUGCUCUUGUCUCUCCUCUCACUGUUUCUCUCCUGUGAAUCUCCUGAUUCAUGAACAUAUUAUCUGUUCACCCUUCUCUCUAGGGCUCAGUUCUUAGAUUUUCCUUCUGUAAAAUACAUGUGAUCUUAUUUUUCCCUCCACAACUUUCCAGAUGAACUAGACUGUGACCAAGAGGUCUAUAAAAUCAAAGCAUCAUGGAACAGGAUCUUGUAUCAGACCAAAGUGUGCCGGUUUUUAAAAAUGUGCAUCAAAAUGGAAAUCUCAGAGACAGAGCCCUCUGGUGGAAAGUUCUAGUAGGUCAGGACAGUCCCUCUGCCCGCAGACACCUUGGGCUUUACUGAGGGACUCAACUGAGAAAAUGAGGAAUGUUGCAGCUCAUGAUUCUUAGAAGAAGAAAGUGAAGCUCAUCUAAAAUAUGAUUUUAAAAAAUCUAUAGAACACUCUAAACUACACAAGCUAUGAGGGAAUAGCCUAGUUGGGCCAGCUUGGAAACCGGGCACAGUCAGGAAGGAGCCUGUCAGGUUUGGACUGUGUCCACAAAGAGCACUUCCUAGGUCUUGCCUGGAGAGAAGGAAUGGCUGGGCAAUAUUUUCUUCCAGACUCAUUAUUUUUCUUCUGUUUAACUUUUCUCUGAAUUUCCGUUGAUUUGUAUAAAUUUUCUCAAGAAUAAUUAGUGACAGUCUCUACUAGUUGUAAAAUGAAGCUUGAAGGCCAAGCACAGUGGCUCAUGCCUGUAAUCCUAGAAUUUUUGGAGGCCAAGGUGGGCGGAUCACAAGGAGUUCGAGACCAGCCUGGCCAACAUUGUGAAACCGUGUCUCUACUAAAAAUAAAAAAAUUAGCCAGGCAUGGUGGCGCGUGUCUGUAGUCCCAGCCACUCAGGAAGCUGAGGCAAGAGAAUCACUUGAACCCAGGAGGUAGAGGUUGCAGUGAGCUGAGAUCGCACCACUGCACUCCAGCCUGGGUGAGAGAGUGAGACUCCAUCUCAAAAGAAAAAAAAAAAAUGAAGUUUGAAUAACAAAGACAAUAAGAGGAAGUAUAAUGAGUGGUCAUAAAUGUGGGCUCUGACAGUAGAGUGCCUGGUUCUGAAUCCUGGUUUCUUAGUCAUGUGACCUUAGGCAAGUUACUUUAACCUCUCUGUACCUCAGGUUGUCCAUCUUUAAAAUGGGGAUAAUAAUAGUGCCUACCUUGUAGGGUUGAUGUGGGGAUUAAAUGAGAUGUUGUUCAUACAGGAAUGUGCCUGUGCAUGACAAAGUUCUGGAAUUUUUUUAUAAGCUGUUCUUCUAGGCCUGAAAUCAUCAGAAGAUGCUAAUCCAAAUACAUGAAAUAAGCUUCUUACAACAGAAAUGCAGCUAGUAUUAUGCAAAAUUAAUGUUGUAUAUCAAACUUUUAACUCUCAUCCCUCCUUAUUCAGAUAUAUUUUGUUAUAUGCAAUGUUUUUCCCCCUGUUAUUAUACAACAGUAUAUUUACCUGAUGCUAUAUCUGCCUCCCCAGUUAGACUGAGAGAACAGGGGAUAUACCUAAAUAAUAAUAAUAAUAAAUAAUAAUAAUAGAGAGCUCCUUGAAGGUAGGGAGCCUGUAAGAAUCAUUGAGGGCUUAUUUUGUAUACCAACUACUAAACUAGAUGCUUCAUACAUUGUUGUCAAUACUCAUGACAGCCCUGUAAAGUAGAAUUAAUUCUUCCAGUUAACACUAAGGAUGACAUAAUGAAUAUCUUGGCAAAGUUGGAAAGCUGGAAAGACAGGAUUUGAACUCAAGACUUCUUGCCACCAAGGGCCACGUACUUGUACUCUGCCAUGUGGCCCCUUUUUACCUCCUGUGGAUUCCGCAUACCUGGCACUUGGCCUUAGGUGUACAUGCACCUGGCACUUUGCCUGACACAUAAUAGGUGGACCACAAAUAUCUAUUGAAUAAAUACUUGCAUAUGCUAAUAUUUUAAGGUACUAAAAGCAGCUCAAAGUAAAUAUAUUAAUAUAUUAAUUCCAUUGUUAUCUAGAUAACCACUCAACUUUUCUGUUGAAAAUGCCCAUUUAAUUAAAGAAGGUUGGAUAGAGCUCUUCAUAUGCAUUUUGGACAGACAGGGGUUUCAGGUCAUAAACACUCUGAUGAGUUAAUAUAAAAUGAGAGAAACCGUAAAUUUCCACCACUAAAAAUCACAAAAAUAACAGAAACAAAAGAAGGGAUAAGAAUUUGGAGAAUUAUGCUGAACAAUUUUGUGGUUAAAAAAAACAGCUGUGCAUGUUUAGACUUAAAUAAGCCCCCAUCCAAGUGUGAGGAGCCCUGUAAUUUUUCAAAACAUAUGAAAGUGUUAAUGCAUUUUGACAAAGGACCAUUUAAAAAGUCUUGAAUUCUGACUUGAGGAAGCAAAGUCAUGACUAAUACAUUCUCUAGAGACUUGCAGACUUUGGGAAUUCACAAAAGAAUGGAUGAUAAUUAUUAACUGUUACUGGAUGAUUGCCCAGACAGUUCUCAACAGCCCUGUACGAGUCUCUGGGUUUGGGAUGGAUCAAUUCUGUGACCAGAAAAUGGCCAAAUCUUUGCAAAAGAGAAAUAUUUUUCUUAUAAGAUCUUGUUGUAGGCAAAUAAUUCAUAAAUUAUUUAUCAGAGAAUCUUUAAAUGCUCAUAAUCUCAACUCUUUCAUUUACAACUUGUAUUUCCAAUAGUUUAUGGAUCAUCUCUACAUAGAUGUCAAAAGUCACCUCAAGUUUAGUGUGUCCAAAAUUGAACUCACAGAUCUGUCUCUGACCUCCCAACUUGCUUUCCUUCUGUUUUUCCUAUGCUAAUGAUCCACCAUAAUCAAAAUAAUUAACAUUUAUCCAGUGCCUACUAUGUACUAUUCCCUGUCUUGUUUUACAUUUACUCAUUUAAAGCCCAUAAGAAACAUUAAAACUCAUCUGCCUUCUGAAGAAGAUACAACCAUCCUCCUUUUUACAAAGUAGGAAACCAAGUCACAGAAAGGUGAAGUCUUUAAGGCUGAGUCACAGUAGUUCAUCCUAGUAAAUAGAAAAGCCAGGAUUCAACUCCAGGGGCUGGGUGCAGAACUGCGAUUCUUCACUGCUUCACCAAUCAGCAGCUACCCAAGGCAGACAACUUUUUCAUCCUUGGCUCCUUCAUUCUCCCUGUCACCCCAGAUCCCUCUACAUCUAGUCAGAGAAUAGGUCCUGUCACUUCCAACUUCUCUAUAUGGCUCUUCUCAGCCAUGUGCCCUCAAUCAGUCUAAUUCUCUAACACACCUUCCCUCUAUAUGCUCACUCCCUCAGAUCAUUGCUUUAUCACGUGUUACCUGGGUUGCUAUUACAUAAAGAGAAAUCUUUCUAAAACAAGGAUCUUGUCACUUCACUUCCAUACUAAAAUGUUUUUCCUGGGGAACCACACUCCUUAGCAAUCUGACCCAUCAGACCUUCCAGGCUGUCUCCUGCCUGCUCCCUAGGCUCCAGCCACACAGAAUUAUCAUGGGCCCACACACCCACCAAAUCCUCCCAUGCCUUUGCCCAUGUUGUGUCCUCUGUCUGGGAUGCCCUUCUCUCCUUUCUGUCUCUGACUUUUUCAUACAUCAAGGAUUAGACUGAAUAUCCCUUUUGUAUGGCCUUUCAAAACCUCCCGUCCAAAGCUAAAUAUAUAGCCCUCUAUGUAUACUUUUAUAGCAUUUGGCACACGAUUACAGAGUAGUAGCUUUUUAUCACAUUCUCUGAUAAUUAUAUAGAUAUGGUAUUUCUUAGCUCUUUUCUCCAACUAGCUAAUAAGUUGUUUUGUGUCUGAGUGCCUAAUUUUGUGUUUUGUGUCUGAGUGCCUCAAUUCCUCAACAAAAAGUUUAUUGAUUAGUUCAUUAGUCAUUUGAAUGUGAAAAUUAUGCUCACUAGCGGCAAGUGCCACUAACCCUAUUCCAGAAGCUAGGUGUCAUGUUUGCAACAACAUAUCGUAUCCCCUCUACAAGUCAUCUUUUAUUUCAGGCAUUUGUAAGUGUCCAUUAAUAAAGUAUGGUUCAUAAACUUUACCUUGUAAGUGCCUGAGAAAUGAGACUACAGGCUCCAUUGCAGCAGGACACAAUAAAUAUUAUUUCAUAAUGCAUCUA